CUUGCUUUACGUUUCAGAAAUCGCUUUUAAUGUUGUCUGCAUGUUUGAUCUGUUUUGUAUUGGGUAUAUGACUAUAUCGUUUAAAGGAUUACUUGAGUCUCUUUUUGUCGGGUGUAGGACAUUCAUUGCUCCGUGCAUCACUGCGGUAACGCCCGGUCUCUGGCCUUGAAUGAAUAUCCACUAGGCGGAGUUAGCGAUAAGGCUAGCGUCUACAUCUGAUUAACAUUGCGAUACUAGCUAUUUACGAACUCACAAGAUUGUGCAAUAAUGACAUCCGCAUCACUCAAGUACCAUCGUGUGUCUAAAUACCCUCUUAUCCGUUCUGUUCUUUGCUGUUUUUAAACCUAACGAGUCAUUUGAAGAAGGGUGCAAUCCACCAAACGGGCAGACCCGAGCGAAUUGAAGGUUAUCUUUCAGAAGCAUGCCAGUGUGGUGGAUGCAGAUGGCGAGAAGUUGAUGACCCCGGGGGACUUUGUGCAGAAAUACCUGGGCCUGCACACACAGAUCCAUCACAACCCCAAAACUGUCCAGCUCAUCGCAGGUGUAGCUGAUACCACCAAGGACGGGCUGAUCUCGUUCCAGGAGUUCUUAGCAUUUGAGUCGGUGCUGUGUGUUCCGGAUGCCCUCUUCAUCGUAGCCUUCCAGCUGUUUGACAAGACUGGCACUGGAGACAUCUCUUUUGAGAAUGUGCGGGACAUCUUCAGCCAGACCACAGUGCACCACCACAUCCCCUUUAACUGGGACUGUGAGUUCAUCCGCCUGCACUUUGGACACGAUCGCAAAAAACGCCUUAGCUACCUCGAGUUCACCCAGUUCCUACAGGAGUUACAGUUGGAACAUGCGCGCCAGGCCUUUGCCCAGAAGGACAAGAACAAAAGCGGCACAAUCUCUGCCAUGGACUUUAGUGACAUCAUGGCCACUAUCCGACACCACGUGCUCACACCGUUUGUGGAGGAAAACCUGGUUUCGGCUGCGGGGGGCAGCACCUCUCACAUGGUCAGCUUCUCCUACUUCAACGCAUUUAACUCUCUCUUAAACAACAUGGAGCUGAUCCGCAAGAUCUACAGCACACUGGCCGGUAGCCGCAAGGAUACACUGGUCACUAAAGAGGAGUUUAUCUUUGCUGCUAACAAGUUUGGCCAGAUCUCUCCCAUGGAGAUCGACAUCCUGUACCAGUUAUCAGGCCUGCACUCCCACUCUGGACGUCUGAACGUUUCUGACAUUGAGAGGAUAGCCCCACUGGAGGAGGGAGCGCUGCCCUAUCACCUGGCUGAGAUACAGAAACAGCAGAGCCAGGGUGAUGGUUCCAGGUCAGUGUUGCUGCAGGUUGCAGAGUCAGCCUACCGUUUCAGCUUGGGCUCAAUUGCUGGAGCUACGGGAGCCACGGCGGUGUAUCCUAUAGACCUGGUUAAGACCAGGAUGCAGAACCAGAGGAGUACAGGCUCGUUCGUAGGAGAACUGAUGUACAAGAACAGCUUUGACUGUGCCAAGAAGGUGCUGCGCUAUGAAGGCUUCUUCGGCUUCUACAGAGGUCUUCUUCCCCAGCUCAUAGGCGUGGCUCCAGAGAAGGCCAUCAAACUCACAGUGAAUGACUUUGUGAGAGAUAAGUUCACCGGUAAAGGCGACACCAUUCCCUUUGCUGCGGAGGUGCUGGCUGGAGCCUGUGCAGGGGGUUCCCAGGUGGUCUUUACUAACCCGCUGGAGAUAGUCAAGAUCAGAUUGCAGGUGGCAGGAGAGAUCACCACAGGACCUAGAAUCAGCGCCCUCAGUGUCAUCCGAGACCUCGGCUUGUUCGGCCUCUACAAGGGUGCUAAAGCGUGUUUCUUGAGAGACAUCCCUUUCUCAGCCAUCUUCUUCCCAGUGUACGCCCACACCAAGGCUCAGUUCGCCGACGAGCAGGGAAGACUGGGCGCAUUACAGCUGUUAGCUGCUGGAGCCAUCGGCGGUAUCCCUGCUGCCUCCCUGGUGACGCCUGCUGAUGUCAUCAAGACGCGCCUGCAGGUAGCAGCGAGGGCGGGACAGACCACCUACACUGGAGUCACGGACUGCUUCAGGAAAAUCAUGCACGAGGAGGGAUUCAGAGCACUGUGGAAGGGAGCUGGAGCUCGUAUGUGUCGAUCCUCUCCUCAGUUUGGGGUGACUCUGGUGACCUAUGAGCUUCUACAGCGGUGGUUAAAUGUGGACUUCGGAGGGCAUCGUCCGUCAGGGUCUGAGCCCACUCCUAAGUCUCGUAUCUCGGAGCUUCCUCCGGUCAGUGCUGACCACGUGGGCGGUUACCGUCUGGCUACGGCCACCUUCGCUGGCGUGGAGAACAAGUUUGGCCUCCACCUGCCCAAGUUCAAGUCCUCUGGAGUGGUCUCCAUUCACCAUGAUACCCCUUCUGCCUCCACUCAAGAGGAGGCUGCUGCCCCCUAAAGACUGGGCCUUUAACUACCUGCCCACUCCACUAGGGAGUAUACACUUAGACACACACUCCCAGGGGCCAUGCAAAAUAAAUACAUACUAAUACACACACACUGUUUGUAGGGCCAUUUAA